GAGGCUGACUUGGAUGACUACACAGUCCGGUGGGUGGCGAAUUGGCUAGAGGGUCGCACCCAGAGAGUCGUGGUGGAUGGGGCGGUUUCGACCUGGAAGGGUGUGGGCAGUGGGGUCCCGCAGGGCUCGUUCCUGGGACCGAUACUCUUAAAUGUCUUCAUCAGCGACUUGGACGAGGGAGUGAAAUGUACUCUGUCCAAGUUUGCCGAUGACACAAAGCUAUGGGGAGAAGUGGACACGCCGGAGGGCAGGGAACAGCUGCAAGCAGACCUGGACAGGUUGGACAAGUGGGCAGAAAACAACAGAAUGCAGUUCAACAAGGAGAAAUGCAAAGUGCUGCACCUAGGGAGGAAAAAUGUCCAGCAUACCUACAGCCUAGGGAAUGACCUGCUGGGUGGCACGAAAGUGGAAAGGGACCUUGGAGUCCUAGUGGACUCCAAGAUGAACAUGAGUCGGCAGUGUGAUGAAGCCAUCAGAAAAGCCAAUGGCACUUUAUCGUGCAUCAGCAGAUGCAUGACAAAUAGAUCCAAGGAGGUGAUACUUCCCCUCUAUCGGGUGUUGGUCAGACCGCAGUUGGAGUACUGUGUGCAAUUCUGGGCGCCGCACUUCAAAAGGGAUGUGGAUAACCUGGAGAGGGUCCAGAGAAGGGCCACUCGUAUGGUUAAGGGCUUGCAGACCAAGCCCUACGAGGAGAGACUAGAGAACCUGGACCUUUUCAGCCUCCGCAAGAGAAGGUUGAGAGGUGACCUUGUGGCUGCCUAUAAGUUCAUCAUGGGGGCACAGAAGGGAAUUGGUGAGGCUUUAUUCACCAAGGCGCCCCCGGGGGUUACAAGAAAUAAUGGCCACAGGCUAGCAGAGAGCAGAUUUAGAUUGGACAUUAGGAAGAACUUCUUCACAGUUAGAGUGGCCAAGGUCUGGAACAGGCUCCCAAGGGAGGUGGUGCUCUCCCCUACCCUGGGGGUCUUCAAGAGGAGGUAAGAUAGACAUCUAGCUGGGGUCAUCUAAACCCAGCACUCUUUCCUGCCUAUGCAGGGGGUCGGACUCGAUGAUCUGUUGAGGUCCCUUCCGACCCUAACAUCUAUGAAUCUAUGAAUCUAUGAAACCCCUGAGCGCUGUGUUGGCGGCCAUUUUGGCCGCCAUGUUACAUCUGGAAGUUCUCCAUUUUGGGGUGUUUCUGGGCCUGAAACAGGAAGUCCUGCCUCAUCACAUGGCCUUAUGACAUCAGAAGGCACUGACGUAGUCACCACGUCAGUGGCCAUCUUGGCUGCCCUGUUAUGUCCCAGAACACUGUGUUGCCAUCACAUGGUCUGCGAUAUCAUAAGGCCCAACCCCUCAUCAGAAGGUCUGCUCCUUAACUGUGAAACACCUCCGUACAAGAAUGGUGCCGAACCAAUCAGGAAGUAUAGGGGCUGGGACCUAGGCUGGAAGUCCCUGGCCUGCCUCUUUUUUAAAGACUGUUAGGAAACCCUCCAAAACAGCCCACGUGUUUUCUGAGACCACGCCAAUGCAAACAGAAACAAAUAUGCAUUCUUAUGCUUUGGAAGCCUCAGACGCUGUUCAGACCCCUCUCAGAAGCACUAUGGAUGAGAUCUCAGUGGUUGAGACAGAUUCCCAGACUCCCAAAACAGAUCUGGGCACCUUGGCAGACCCCCAACAGACUGCAUCGGAGCCACCAGCAGAGAUCAUGGAAGUGGCAGACAAGCUGAACUCCAAGGGCUCUGCUGAGGUAGAUCAAAACCUACGCAUCAGUGGACCUGUGAGAAUAAAGGUCUCUUGCAUCAACUGUUUUUGUUUGUGUCUAAAAGACAGCAGUUCAAGACAAGGCUGAAGAUGAACGUAUCAAUUUUGUCUGAGUCCCCAGAGCCCAUGUAGGAACCUAUGAAGGUUGCGGAGCUCCCCUCCUGUUCAGAGAAGGAUUUUCUGCAAAUCGAAAAGAGAGGAGUUCAAGGCAUGACUGAAUAACCCUGCAUGUGCUGCUUUUCGAUGUCUGAUUAAUAAACCUUGUUUUGCCACAGUUUAAA